AUGGAUGAUUGGGGUAGGUCGAAAGAUUCAGAUGGCGGAGCGGAGUCCAUCACCGACAUGCGACCAGGACAGGGCGAAGGGAAGGAAGGGGCAGUAUGCUUCCGAUUUGAUAGAUUCGAUAUCGAUGUCGCGGUUAUGCACACCCCUUGUUUCGUGGGAAAGAACGACGAGUGCAAUGAGGAUGAGAUUUGGGAUUUGGGAAGAGGCAACAGCAAAAGGACUGUGCAAGUCGCAGCCACGAUCCAUGCUUCCCGUGCCGCCUCGUCAAAGCGCAUGGAUUAUUUCCUCUCCCUUACACCCCAUAGGCUCACCUCUACCUUCCAAUUUCACCCGCCAUGGCUCAAUAUCGCUCCUCGUAAGAAAGACUCGACUGUUUCUGAGACAUUUCGUAGGCAUGACCAGGGGAAACAAGAGAGAGCUCAAGCCAUGCAAGACGAUCAACCUAAUUCAAGGUAA